AAUUUAUGUGCACUUGGUGAGGGAGAGCACAGGGGAGUACAGUUGGGUUUUGCCUUUUGGGGGUUUAGGGUUCACAAGAAAGAAAGGUACAGCACUUGAAAAUCGAAAAUGGUAGCCAGAAAUAUUGAAUGGAAGAAAGUCCUGCACGAGAAGAAGUUCUGGUUUGCUUCUUUUCUCAUUGCUUGGGCAGCUGGUCUCCAGGGGCAUAUGAUGUGGUUGAAGAGGCAAGACUCUUUCAAGGAAAAGUUUGGGAAUCUUGAUCAGACAACCGAGAUCGAGGAAAAUUCUUAGAUGGAAAAGGUUGAUGGAAUCGCCAAUGCACAAAGCACAAGUACAAUGUGUAAGUUUUGCUACAAGAAUACGAGAAGGAGGGAGCGGGCUUCCAGAUUCAGUCCUCAUUUCUUAAUUUUGUGAUUUUAUAUGCUGUCUUGUGGACACUUCUGAACAGUUCGAUAUCGGCUUUCAUAAUCCUGAACAUUUUUGAUAGUAUUACAGAUACUUGUACUGAUCUA